AUGAACUGGGGCUACUUUUUCCUUUGGGUAGUGGCCAUUUUCUUUUUGUUCCUGCUGACAGGUUGGCCGGUAACUCCGCACUUGAGUGAUACUUGGGGCAAUCACUACGACGCCAAGAACCUUACGUACUAUGCCGUCCUGUACAUUCAUUACCUGCUGGGACCUUUGGUGUUUACCUUUUUGGGACUGGGCUUGUUUCGAAACCUCAUUUGGACUCAUACUAGUAGUCCUCGCCAGCUCAUUUUCUUGUUGGCAUACUCGGUCCUGUUGGCGUCCAUUGCUGCCGUCUACUUGACGCACCAAUACGCACCUCCGGAUAACACCAUGGUGGAGACCAGUAAGGAACUCUCGGCGGCUCCUACCGGUUUGGAAGAUAUGACCAUGAAUGUGACUGCCGCCAACGAUGGAGUCUAA